UUAUCAAUCGGAGAGCUUUUCAAACAAAAACAAACUCAAUAACGUUUUAAUCCGAAGCGGCGCGCUAGGGUCCUUGGUUUAACCACUGGAGCCUCAUAAAUUGAAAUCCAUUCAUCUGGUAUUCGGAGAAUUUGAUCUUUUCAAGAACAGAAUUGACAGGAAAGGAUCCAGAAGGAUUUUUUGUGAGAGAUUUGACUGUUGCUGGUGUCACGGAGCAGUGUCCCUGAGUUUUGAAGGAAAGUUCUUGCAAUACAAGCGAAGAAAAAGCGUUACAAGGCGCCGAAAGCACGCAUGAGGCCUGAAGAUACAAAAUCCAAGCCGAAAAGGGGGAGUGUGUCUAGUUUUCACGACGACGACUAUGAAGUGGACGAGAAUUCCGACGAUGAAGAGCAAGAAGAACCUGGGGACUAUUGCAAAGGAGGUUACCACCCUGUGCGAUUGGGUGACCUGUUCAACAACCGCUACAGUAUUAUCAGAAAGGUUGGCUGGGGUCACUUUUCAACUGUCUGGCUAGCGUGGGAUCUCAAAGACCGGCGGUUCGUGGCAUUGAAGAUAGUGAAAAGUGCUUCACAUUAUACUGAGACAGCUAUUGAUGAAAUGAAACUUUUAAGAACAGUCCACACGGCGGAUUUGACCCACACUGGAUAUAAACAUGUGGUACAACUAACGGAUGACUUCAAAAUUGUAGGAAUAAAUGGCUCACAUAUAUGUAUGGUUUUUGAAGUGCUAGGUCAUAACUUGUUGAAAUUGAUAAUCAAAUCCAGCUACAAGGGUAUACCUUUAGUGCAAGUGAAGAGUAUCAUAAAACAGACAUUAGAAGGCCUAGACUAUCUGCACUCGAAAUGUAAAAUAAUUCACACAGAUAUCAAACCAGAAAAUAUCUUACUCUGUGUGAGCGAAAAAUACAUUCAACAACUGGCCGCGGAGGCUGCAGCAGCGAGGGCAUCAGGGCUGUACUCUCCUGCACUUAUCAGUACAGCUCCUCUUUCAGUGAUGCAGCAAUGCACCUCAACAAAAAUUUCAAAGAAUAAGAAAAAGAAGAUGAAGAAAAAGUUAAAGAAGCAGAUUGAGAAGCAACAACAACAUCAGGAUGAAAUUGAGCAAGGGAUGCUAGAGGAAAACGAAGAAGCUUCAGACAAGGAGGCAGAAACAUGUAGCAAUAGCAUGGAAAAUUGUCUGGAAAAUUCCACUAACUGUGAACAAAAUGAUAAUGAACUUGAAUCGAAUCAGCUGCAGGAAGAGACUGUACAAAAUCUUGUUGAUGAUCAAUCAAUUGAAAAUUCUGAAGAUUUAAGCGAACAUGCGCUUCAAGAAAAAUGUGUGGUCACCAAUGAUGAUAUGUCAGUGACAGAGGAGCAGAAUGAACCAGAUGUUCCACUUUGCAAUGGUGAUGCACAAGAUAGCAAAAGUGUAGACAUGGAGUCUUUACCAGAGGAGAAAGCGGCACCCGGGGAGAGUUGUGUUGAUGAAAUUUGUCCCGAAGAAGUGGCUGCGGAACUAGAGGAAGAUGACGACUCUAUUAAAGUGAAAAUUGCUGAUCUGGGGAAUGCAUGUUGGAUUCAUCAUCAUUUUACAGAAGAAAUUCAAACAAGGCAAUACCGUAGCCUUGAAGUUUUAAUUGGAGCUGGUUAUGGCCCACCAGCUGAUAUGUGGAGCACAGCUUGUAUGGCAUUUGAAUUGGCGACUGGAGACUUUUUAUUUGAGCCGCAUUCGGGAGAGGACUAUUCAAGAGAUGAAGAUCACUUAGCUCACGUUAUUGAACUUCUUGGGAAAGUUCCAAGGCACAUAGCUCUUUCAGGGAAAUAUUCCAGGGAUUUCUUCAACAAGAAAGGAGAACUCAAACACAUUUCCAAGUUACGUCCUUGGGGACUUUACGAUGUUCUUCGUGAGAAGUACGAGUGGCCCGAGAAAGACGCCAUGGAAUUCUCAGCGUUUCUGCUCCCAAUGCUCGACUUCAACACGGAUAAACGGGCUACAGCCGCGCAGUGCCUUGAACAUCCUUGGCUGAAAGAAGUUUAGGAGAACCCGGAAGAGUAAAACAAACCUCUGUUCGAUGAAUUUCGUGUUCAUUACUCUUUCAAGCCAUCUUGUACAGCUUAAGAUGACCAAGGGUUAUUUGAUAUCUUCAGGGUGUGUCCUGUUUUACUUUCAAACCCAUUCUUCCAAAGAUGGUCGAGCGCCGUUAGCUUAAAACAACAACGCUUUGUGUUGGAGACGAAACGAAAAGGAUUAAACUAAGGUUAUAUUUUCGUUUGGAACUUUACCGUUCACUUCUGAUGAAAGAUAUUGCUGUAAAAAAAUUACUGUAAAGAAGAAGAAAGAAGACCGCACAACUUUGCGAAAAGACUAGACGUUCUUUUGUGCGUUUUGAAACACUUUAAUGUAAAUUGUCAGUUGGUGGCUUACAUUCCUUGUCAAUCUUGUCCAUCAUUAACGUUCGUCGCUGUAUUCUGAGCUUUUCUUUCCUUAGAAGAGUUUUUCCAUAUAA